AUGUCUCAGUCCACAGGUGCUACUCCAGGUCAAAGCAAGCCGUUUCUUCCUCCAGAACUCAGCCUUCGAAUCAUCGAAGAGUCGGAAGAAGAUUGCAUCUGUCUGGUGAACCAUCUUUCUAGGGGCCAACUGCGAUGUGACGGCGGUUUUCAGAACCAUACCACGGUCAUCUAUACCCGUGGCGAGAAACAGAGAGACGGGUCAUUGUCUCGUGGAAGACUGGAGGCUCUUCCGAUGCAACAUCGUUGCGUCGCGGGAGUCAUCCGGGCUUCAGAUACACCCGCCCUCCAGUUUGAUCCUUCGGACGGCUAUUCUCAUGAGCUCGAAAUCAGCCACCUCACCAAGCGUACGAUAGUAGCUGAGCUCGGUCUGGACGAAGACAUAGCCAAUCCAGUUCUGAAUCUGGAUAAACACGCAUUCCCACCCAACUAUGAUCCCGCCAUUUUUAUCAACAUUCGCUAUAUCGGAUAUGACUUACUUGACAGACAUUUCAUCGCGACAGUCCCAGUCGAGAUUGGUGGCGACGAAGAUAUUCGACAUCUCCUUGGUAUCACGAGAGAACAAACCGCAUUGACUCGUCGUCUACACCCAGACGAUGAGAAGCUGGCGUGCCAAAAGAUAAAGUAUCUCAUGAUCAGAGAGAACAACGUCUCUGCAGGCGAUGUGUCCCAUGUCUGGUCAGAUAUGAUAGAGACUCCAGAUAGCAAGGGAGGGGGAGAGGAAGCAUGGGUUGCCUAUCUUGAGGAUAACCAUGAGUUCAAAUGGGAGGCCGCGCAAAUUAAACCGAUUGACUGGCUAUACCUCCUCAAGGACCUCGUGCGACCUGGUGGUCAAAUCCAUUUCAUUGCAGAUCGAGCGCCAAACACCCCGUAUUGGCCCGGCCCACGAGGCAGGGUUGAGGUUUUCGAGGACGGCUUACAAUGA